AUGACGUCUUUUGGAUCAAAAGAGGUAAAGGAGGGUAGUUUUAUGCCAACAUUUAAAGUGCAGGGACAAGUCUACCAUAGGAUAGGAAGCCUUAUGGUAGAAAAUAAUCAACAACCAUCAUUUCUCCAAAUAUACUUUGUUGGUGAUGAUAAUCGUGAAAGAGAAAUUCGUUGUGGGAUCUGUCCUGGUAUUAAGCCAGAGUUGAUUCACCAACUUCAAAAUUUGCUUCAUGAACACCAUCAAUACAUUAAAGAUUUUAAGGUUGCUAUUGAAUCAGUUCCUAAGAAUCAGAAAGAGUUUCAGGUUAUAAUUAAUGCUGAUAAAAAGCCUUCGGGUGAACAUCGAGGUCGUUUCAAUGCUCAAAUGGCUAAAGAAGUAGCAGUUAUCAUCGUUAGACAAAAUUUUGAAAAGAGAGAUAUCAUCCUGAACAGCAGAGACGAUAAGUUAAAGCGAAUCAGUGAAAUCCAUCGCGCGUAUGAUACUUUACAAUAUCCUCUGAUGUUCUGUCGUGGAGAAGAUGGCUAUUACAUUAAUAUUCCUAAGCGUGAUGAAAAAACUAAGCGUCCUCUAAAUAAGACCGUGUCAGCUUCUGAGUUUUACAGUUAUAGAAUAAUGGAGCGUAAUGGAGAAGAAAAUCAUUUACUUUUAUUUCGCACUCUAUUAAAUCAAUUUUUGGUUGAUAUGUAUGCGAAAAUUGAAACUGAACGACUUAAUUGGAUUCGUAACCAUCAAACAAACUUACGAAGUGAAGAAUACGUUCACCUUAAAGACGCUUUAACGAAAACCGACGGUCAGAUAACAGAAAUAGGUAAAAUGGUUGUGCUGCCAUCUUCUUUUACUGGUGGGCCACGAUACAUGCAUGAACGAACUCAAGAUGCUACGACUUAUGUACGUCAUUUCGGACGUCCAGACUUAUUUAUUACGUUCACUUGCAAUCCAAAAUGGAAAGAAAUUGAAGUGCUUUUAGUUCAAGGCCAAAAAUCUCACGAUAGACAUGACUUAACAAAACGUGGACUUCCUCACAUUUAUAUCCUUCUGUGGUUAGAAGAAAAGCUGAGACCAGAAUCUAUUGAUAAGGUAAUUAGUGCUGAACUGCCUAAUCAAGAUCAAGAUCAAGAACUAUAUGAAAUAAUAAAAAUAAAUAUGAUACAUGGUCCAUGUGGUUCUUUUAAUAGAAAUUCUCCCUGUAUGGUGGAUGGUUCAUGCACGAAAAAAUAUCCAAAACAUUUUAUAAAGGAAACCCAAACAGGAGAAGAUGGAUAUCCUAAAUAUCGUCGGCGAUCUCCUGAAGAUGGUGGAGUAACAACAAUAAUAAAUGGAAUUAAAAUAGACAAUCGAUGGGUGGUACCGUAUAACCCUGUCCUGUGUCGUACAUUCAAAGCUCAUAUAAAUGUUGAAGUUUGCAACUCAGUGAAAUCAAUUAAAUAUAUUUGUAAGUAUAUAAAUAAGGGAUCUGAUCAAGCAGCAUUCACUGUUGGAGAUCUUGAUGAAGUGACAAAGUAUGAAGCAGGACGAUACAUUAGCACUUCUGAGGCAGUUUGGCGAAUACUGAGUUUUCCUAUCCACGAGAGAUUCCCUUCAGUUCUGCAUCUUGCUAUCAACAAUUCCAAAACAACACUUAUGGCUUUUUCUGAACUCUGUAAAGUGGACAAUUUUGCGAAAAAAUUAUUAUAUUGUGAAGUUCCAGCUUAUUAUGUCUGGAGAAAACACCAGUUUCACAGAAGAAAACAAGGAAAAAUUGUGCCAGGUUAUUUAGGCAUAAAAAAAGAUCAUGUUUUAGGCAGAGUGUAUACUGUCCAUCCUACCAAUACUGAAUGUUAUUACCUCCGUCUUCUUUUGCAUGAAGUUCGCGGUCCAGAGUCAUUUACGGCUUUAAGAACUAUAAAAGAUGUAAUCUAUCCUACAUUUCAAGAAGCUUGCAGAGUAAUGGGAUUGCUCGAAGACGAUGCUCAUUGGGAUCAAACUUUAGCAAAAGUCUCAAUUUCUGAUUCAUCUUACAAAAUACGUGAAUUGUUUGCUGUUAUGUUAGUUUUUUGCCAAGUUGGAGAUCCGAUUAAAUUAUGGGAUAAAUAUCGAGAUAAUUUCACGGACGAUAUUAAAAGACGAAUGAGUAGGAAUCGCGAAAACUCUGAGUUAGAUGUUGAUAUUGUUUACAAUCAAUGUUUGAUUAAUCUUGAAGAUAUGGUCAUUGCUAUGUCAGGUAAGACUCUUUUACAAUUUGGUUUCACUUCACCAUCUCGAGAACAAGAAUCUGGUAUUAUUAAUCAACAAUGUUUAAAUGAAUUAGCUUAUGACACUGAUAAGUUAACCGAAGAAGUGAUAAAAAGGGUUCCGAUACUGAAUAAAGAACAGAAAGAAGCAUAUGAAUCUAUAUUGAAUAGUGUCGUUUCUGAUUCUGGACGAUUGUUCUUCCUUGAUGCUCCUGGUGGAACGGGAAAAACAUUCUUAAUUAAUUUGUUGCUUGCGAAAAUUAGAAGUGAAAAAAGUAUUGCUAUUGCUGUUGCUUCUUCAGGAAUUGCGGCUACUUUAAUUGACGGAGGCAAAACAGCUCACUCGACAUUUAAAUUACCUCAUGAAAUGAAUCAUUCUGAUAAUAUUCUAUGCAAUAUUUCUAAGCAGAGUUAUAUGGCUCACGUUAUCAGAGAAGCAAAACUGAUAGUAUGGGAUGAAUGCACUAUGGCUCACAAAAAUGUUAUUGAAGCUCUCAACAGAACUCUUAAGGAUAUAAGAAAUAGUGACCGAAUAAUGGGUGGAAUAACUGUUGUUUUAGCUAGUGACUUCAGACAAACUUUACCUGUUGUACCACGAGGUACACGUGCAGAUGAAGUCAAAGCCUGUCUCAAAUCCUCAGUUUUAUGGCCUCAUGUUAACGUACUGUCUUUGAAAAUUAAUAUGCGCGUUCAUAUACAACAUGAUUUGAGAGCAGAAGAAUUUUCAAAGUUACUCAUUGAUAUAGGGAAUGGACAAAUUUCAGAAGUUGACGGACGAAUAAGUAUUCCGGAUAACCUAGGUGAUAUUGUUGAUGAUUUAACUACAUUAACUGAUAAAAUAUACCCAGAUAUCAAUAAAAUUGGAGUUAAUUGCUCUUCAUGGCUAAAAGAAAGAGCUAUUCUGACUCCAACGAAUGAUUCAGCGAAUAGCAUUAACAACUAUCUUAUAGAAAAGCUAUCAACUAAUCAAAUGAAGCAUAAAUCUAUUGAUACAGUCGUAGAAGUUGAUGAUGCUGUCCAUUAUCCUGUCGAGUUCUUACAUACACUCAAUCCACCCCGAAUACCAUCUCAUAUUCUCAAUCUUAAAAUUGGAGCACCAAUAAUGUUACUGCGCAAUUUGAAUCCUCCAAAACUAUGUAACGGUACCAGACUACAAGUGAAAAAUUUACAUAAAAAUAUUAUUGAAGCUACAAUUUUAACAGGUAAACAUGAAGGAGAAGUCGUAUUUAUUCCAAGAAUUCCUUUGGUUCCAUCUGACUAA